AAUUUGCUGCGCAUGCCAAUUCACUAAAGAGUUUAAAUGAAACGCAAAUAAUACAAUUAUUUAAUUAUACUGACCUCUCUUAAUUGAUUAAAAUGUUUAAAUCAUUGAUUUUAAGUGCCUCUACCUAUCCUGUGAGAAUUUUAUCUCUAGGAUCACCACAGUUGGCGUCAAAUCGCUGGUUCUCCAGUGGUAAUAACAAUGACAAGGACAAUUAUGUUGAAUCUUGUGAAUCUACUGAACCUCCAAUACCAAUGUAUCAACGUUUCAAUGAAAGUAUCGAAGUGAAACGAGCUCGUUUACUUUACCAGAGUCGCAAAAGAGGUAUGCUUGAGAACGAUUUAAUUCUUAGUACUUUCGCCCAUCGCUAUUUGAAUACAUUUGAUGCCCAGCAGUUGGAUGUUUAUGACAGUCUCAUCAACGGACCUUCAAAUGACUGGGAUCUCUUUUAUUGGGUGGUCGGAAAAAAGGAAACCCCACCAGCUUUUGAGAACCCGAUCAUGGAUUUGCUCAAGGAACACGCUAAAAACCAUGCAAGAGAGAAUAGAACUCGACAACCACCUCUCUAUUAAAAGCUCUAUGAUGUAUCUCAAUGAGUCUCUUUAACAUCAACAACGCUUCAAGAGCUUGUAAUUGUAAAUUUUGUUGUGAAGUUUCAAAAUAUUCUGUAAACAAUGUAACAAAAAAAUAAUAAUCCCGAUUCAUUGCUUAGAAUUCUUCUGUUUAAGUAACACUAAAAAAUGUAAUAUUUAUCCUGUUUAUAGUUAUCAAGGAAAACUAAUUUCAGAAACAAUGAAUUAAAUUAAGAUUAUUUAGUAUUUACUUGUAUCACAAAUAAUGAAUUUGUGUGUCAAAUCAUUGAAUAAAACUGUAAUAACACGUCA